CUUCUAAUUGACUUGUCUCCGUACCCAAAGGGGUCGCUGUGUCCAUUUCUUUUACUAGGCGGAGCAGUAUCUUCGGUGAAACCGAAAGCAAACAGAGCACUGGACUGGACUCCAUUUUAGAAGAUUCGAGAACAAAACGUCUUCGCAGAUCACGACCUGAAAUCAAGCUUAACAUCAAUGAGGAAGAAAAGAUGAACUCUAAAGCCAGUGAAAUGAGUGUGUGUGAGGAGAGAGAGCAGGAGGCUCCUGAUCACCCUCAGAGAGCAGCAUCUCCAGGAUUCAGCUUUGUGUCAAUGAAGAGUAACAACUCCAUGAAUAUUCCUCCUGUUCUCGGUGAUGUUCACCCUCAGAGAGCAGCAUCUCCAGGAUUCAGCUGUGUGUCUAUGAAGAGUAACGACUCCAUGAUUAUUCCUCCUGUUCUCGGUGAUGUUCACCCUCAGAGAGCAGGGUCUCCAGGAUUCAGCUGUGUGUCUAUGAAGAGUAACGACUCCAUGAUUAUUCCUCCUGGACUCAGUGAUCACGCUCCGAGAGUAUCAUCUCCAGGAUUCAGCUGUGUGUCAAUGAAGAGUAACGACUCCAUGAUUAUUCCUCCUGUUCUCGGUGAUGUUCACCCUCAGAGAGCAGCAUCUCCAGGAUUCAGCUGUGUGUCAAUGAAGAGUAACAACUCCAUGAUUAUUCCUCCUGUUCUCGGUGAUGUUCACCCUCAGAGAGCAGCAUCUCCAGGAUUCAGCUGUGUGUCAAUGAAGAGUAACGACUCCAUGAUUAUUCCUCCUGUUCUCGGUGAUGUUCACCCUCAGAGAGCAGCAUCUCCAGGAUUCAGCUGUGUGUCUAUGAAGAGUAACGACUCCAUGAUUAUUCCUCCUGGACUCAGUGAUCACGCUCCGAGAGUAUCAUCUCCAGGAUUCAGCUGUGUGUCAAUGAAGAGUAACGACUCCAUGAUUAUUCCUCCUGUUCUCGGUGAUGUUCACCCUCAGAGAGCAGCAUCUCCAGGAUUCAGCUGUGUGUCAAUGAAGAGUAACGACUCCAUGAUUAUUCCUCCUGUUCUCGGUGAUGUUCACCCUCAGAGAGCAGCAUCUCCAGGAUUCAGCUGUGUGUCAAUGAAGAGUAACGACUCCAUGAUUAUUCCUCCUGUUCUCGGUGAUGUUCACCCUCAGAGAGCAGGGUCUCCAGGAUUCAGCUGUGUGUCUAUGAAGAGUAACGACUCCAUGAUUAUUCCUCCUGUUCUCGGUGAUGUUCACCCUCAGAGAGCAGCAUCUCCAGGAUUUAGCUGUGUGUCUAUGAAGAGUAACGACUCCAUGAUUAUUCCUCCUGUUCUCGGUGAUGUUCACCCUCAGAGAGCAGCAUCUCCAGGAUUUAGCUGUGUGUCUAUGAAGAGUAACGACUCCAUGAUUAUUCCUCCUGUUCUCGGUGAUGUUCACCCUCAGAGAGCAGCAUCUCCAGGAUUCAGCUGUGUGUCAAUGAAGAGUAACGACUCCAUGAUUAUUCCUCCUGUUCUCAGUGAUGUUCACCCUCAGAGAGCAGCAUCUCCAGGAUUCAGCUGUGUGUCUGUGAAGAGUAACGACUCCAUGAUUAUUCAUCCUGUUCUCGGUGAUGUUCACCCUCAAAGAGCAUCAUCUCCAGGAUUCAGCUGUGUGUCUGUGAAGAGUAACGACUCCAUGAUUAUUCAUCCUGAACUCGGCGAUGGACCUGCUGUGACCUCUCACCAUUUCCUCAUCAGCAGGAAGAGGAAGAGAGAAGAGUCUCCAGCAUCCAACAGUUUGUCCAUGAAAAACCACCCACACAUGUUCAGUAAGAGUGCAGUGCACUUGUACUCUGUUAAUGAUUGGAGAGCUGACCAGAUCAGACAUGUGUCCUCACAGACUGGCACAUCCUCCUGCUAUCAGAACCACAUCAGUCAUCAUGACACAGAAGCAGCUCUGCAGCUCGAUUCUCAUCAACCAGAGCAUGAUGAUCUGCAGAGAGUCAAAGACCAGCACAAAACCAGCAUGAAGAACAAGUAUGAGAGCUUAUUUGAGGGAGUCAAACUACAAGAGAAUCAAACCCUCCUGAACAGUAUUUACACACAGCUGUACAUCAUAGAGGGAGAGAGUGAAGGAGUGAAUGAAGAACAUGAAGUGCUACAGAUGGAGAAAAGUUACAGGACACUCCAAGACACUCCAAUCAACUGCAAUGACAUCUUUAAUCCUUUACCUGAACCAGGAGAUGAGGAGAAGAGAAGAGAGAAGAAAGACACAAUAAAGACUGUUCUUACUAAAGGCAUCGCUGGAAUUGGAAAAACCGUCUCUGUGCAGAAGUUCAUUCUGGACUGGGCCGAGGGAAAAGCCAAUCAGGAUGUAGAUUUCAUGUUUGUGCUUACAUUUAGAGAAAUGAACUUGAUUGAAGAUCAUCAGUACAGUCUUCACAGACUUCUGCUUGACUUUCAUCCUGAACUUCAAGAUCUGGACUCAAAGAUUUAUGAUGAAUGUAAAGUUGUGUUCAUCUUUGAUGGUCUGGAUGAAAGCAGAAUUACACUGAUGUUUUCAGACAGUCAGAAAGUUUCUGAUGUGACUGAGAUUUCAUCAGUGGGUCUGUUGAUGUCUAACCUCCUGAGAGGAGAUCUGCUUCCCUCUGCUCUCAUCUGGAUCACCACCAGACCAGCAGCAGCCAAUCAGAUCCCCUCUAACUACAUCAACCGUGUGACAGAGAUUCAGGGAUUCAAUGACCCUCAGAAGGAGGAAUAUUUCAGGAAGAGAAUCAGUGACGAGCAUCAAGCCAGCAGAAUCAUCUCACACAUCAGAAGAGCAAGAAGCCUCCACAUCAUGUGUCACAUACCCGUCUUCUGCUGGAUCUCAUCCACUGUGCUUCAAAACAUCCUGAAACAAGAUCUCAGUGCAGAAAUCCCUCAAACUCUGACUGAAAUGUACAUCUACUUCCUGCUCAUUCAAACAAAGAUGAGGAACCAGAAGUAUGAAGAGCGACAUCCAGAGAAACUCCUGCAGUCCAACAGAGAAGUGAUUGUGAAACUUGCUGAACUGGCUUUCAAUCAGCUGAUGAAGGGGAAUGUGAUGUUUUAUGAGGAGGACCUGAGAGAGAGCGGUAUAGACGUCACUGACGCCUCGGUGUAUUCUGGGAUCUGCACUGAGAUCUUUAGAGAGGAAUCUGUGAUUUAUCAGAGGAAGGUUUACAGCUUUGUUCAUCUGAGCUUUCAGGAGUUUUUUGCAGCACUGUAUGUGUUUUUCUGCUAUUUACACAAGAACAGUGAGGUUCUGAAGAUGUUCCUGACAGGAAAGAACAGAACUCAGUGUGAGAAAGUUUCUCUGGAUGUGUUUCUGAAGGAAGCAGUGAAUAAAGCCUUGAGCAGUGAAAAUGGACACCUGGAUCUCUUCCUUCGGUUUCUUCAUGGCGUCUCACUGGAGUCCAAUCAGAGACUCUUACAGGAAGUACUGAUACACACAGAGAACAACCCAGAGAACAUCAAGAAAAUAACCCAAAACCUCAAACGAGGUCAAAAAAACAAUAUCAGUCCUGAAAGAUGGAUGAAUCUGACACACUGCUUGAUUGAGAUGAAAGAUGAUUCUGUUAUUAAAGAAAUGCAGGCGUUUUUAAACUCUAAAACAAAAAGAAAAAAGCUCUCUCUUGCACAAUGUUCAACUUUGGCAAACAUAAUCCUGAUGUCAGAGGAGGCGCUGGAUGAGUUUGAUAUUAAACAGUACAAUAUCAACGCUAGAGAGGGUCGAUGGAGACUGUUACCUGCUGUGAGGAACUGCAGAAAAGCUGUAUUAACAGACUGCAAUCUCACUGAUCAACAUUGUGAAUUUGUGGCUUCAGCUCUACAAUCAUCAAACUCCCCCCUGAGAGAGCUGGACCUGAGUAAGAAUCACCUGCAGGAUUCAGCAGUAAAACUGCUCUCCGAUGGACUGAAGAGUCCAAACUGUCAACUCAACAUACUGAGAUUAAUAGACUGUAAUCUCACUGAUCAACAUUGUGAAUUUGUGGCUUCAGCUCUACAAUCAUCAAACUCCCCACUGAGAGAGCUGGACCUGAGUAAGAAUCACCUGCAGGAUUCAGCAGUGAAACUGCUCUCCGAUGGACUGAAGAGUCCAAACUGUCAACUCAACAUACUGAGAUUAUCUCGUUGUUUGGUGACAGAAGAAGGUUGUGCUGCUCUGUCAUCAGCUCUGAGUUCAAACCCCUCACACCUAAAAGAGCUGGAUCUGAGCCACAAUCACCCAGGAGAAUCAGCAGUGAAGCUAAUCAACCAACUGGAAAAAAUCAAUCUGACAGGUUGUAAUCUCUCUGAUCAACAUUGUGAAAUUGUGGCUUCAGCUCUACAGUCAUCCAACUCCCCACUGAGAGAGCUGGACCUGAGUAACAAUGAUCUGCAGGAUUCAGGAAUAAAGCUGCUGAUUGGAUUAAAGAGUGCAAACUGUCAACUCUGCAUACUGAGAUUGGUCAGCUGUAAUCUCACUGGUCAGCACUGUGAAUUUGUGGCUUCAGCUCUACAGUCAUCAAACUCCCCACUGAGAGAGCUGGUCCUGAGUCGCAAUGAUCUUCAGGAUACAGGAAUAAAGCUGCUGUGUGCUGGACUAAGGAGCCCAAACUGUCAACUCAACAUACUGAGAUUAUCUGGCUGUAUGGUGACAGAAGAUGGUUGUGCUGCUCUGGCAUCAGCUCUGAGUUCAAACCCCUCACACCUGAGAGAGCUGGAUCUAAGCUACAAUCACCCAGGAGAAUCAGGAGUUAAACUCUCUGAAACACUCAAACAUCUGGACAAACUCAAUGUGGAUCAUGGAGGAGAGAUCAGGAUCACAGCAGGACGCCACAAAUACGCCUGUGAUCUCACACUGGAUCCAAACACAGCACACACUCGACUCGUUCUGUCUGAGGAGAACAGAAAGGUGACGUGUGUCUCUGAGUAUCAGUCGUAUCCUGAUCAUCCCGACAGAUUUGAUCGUUGUCCUCAGGUUGUGUGUUCAGAGAGACUGACUGGACGCUGUUACUGGGAGACUGAAUGGAGCGGAUAUGUUAAUAUAUCAGUGUGUUAUAAAAAAAUCCAGAGGAAAGGAUUGAGUAAUGACUGUGUGUUUGGAGGUAAUGAUAUCUCCUGGAGUCUGAUCUGCACUGAUCAAGGAUUCGGUGCUCGUCACAAUGAUAACUACACUGAGAUCUCUGUUUCUCCAGACUCCUGUAAGAGAGUCGCAGUGUUUCUGGACGAGUCGAGCGGCUCUCUGUCCUUCUACAGUGUCUCUGACACACACACACUCACACACUUACACACAUUCACACACACAUUCACUCAACCUCUACACGCUGGAUUUUACCUUGAUACAAACUCUUCAGUGUCUCUGUGUCACAUUAAACACUAAACACACACACACACUCACACACUUACACACACUCACACACACAUUCACUCAACCUCUACUCGCUGGAUUUAGACUUUCUUAUACAAACUCUUCAGUGUCUCUGUGUCACAUUAAACACACACACACACACACACUCACACACACACACUCACACACUUACACACAUUCACACACACAUUCACUCAACCUCUACUCGCUGGAUUUUACCUUGAUACAAACUCUUCAGUGUCUCUGUGUCACAUUAAACACUAAACACACACACACACACACACACACACACUCACACACACACUCACACUCACACACACAUUCACUCAGCCUCUACACGCUGGAUUUAGACUUUAUCCAGACUCUUCAGUGUCUCUGUGUCACACUAAACACUAAACACACACACACACUCACACACUUACACACACUCACACACACAUUCACUCAGCCUCUACACGCUGGAUUUAGACUUUAUCCAGGCUCUUCAGUGUCUCUGUGUCACAUUAAACACUAAACACACACACACACACACACACACACACUCACACACACACUCACACUCACACACACAUUCACUCAGCCUCUACACGCUGGAUUUAGACUUUAUCCAGGCUCUUCAGUGUCUCUGUGUCACAUUAAACACUAAACACACACACACACUCACACACUUACACACACUCACACACACAUUCACUCAACCUCUACUCGCUGGAUUUAGACUUUAUCCAGACUCUUCAGUGUCUCUGUGUCACAUUAAACACUAAACACACACACACACUCACACACUUACACACAUUCACACACACAUUCACUCGACCUCUACUCGCUGGAUUUAGACUUUAUUAUACAAACUCUUCAGUGUCUCUGUGUCACAUUAAACACACACACACACACACACUCACACACACACACUCACACACUUACACACAUUCACACACACAUUCACUCAACCUCUACUCGCUGGAUUUUACCUUGAUACAAACUCUUCAGUGUCUCUGUGUCACAUUAAACACUAAACACACACACACACACACACACACACACUCACACACACACUCACACUCACACACACAUUCACUCAGCCUCUACACGCUGGAUUUAGACUUUAUCCAGGCUCUUCAGUGUCUCUGUGUCACAUUAAACACUAAACACACACACACACUCACACACUUACACACACUCACACACACAUUCACUCAACCUCUACUCGCUGGAUUUAGACUUUAUCCAGGCUCUUCAGUGUCUCUGUGUCACAUUAAACACUAAACACACACACACACUCACACACUUACACACAUUCACACACACAUUCACUCGACCUCUACUCGCUGGAUUUAGACUUUAUUAUACAAACUCUUCAGUGUCUCUGUGUCACAUUAAACACACACACACUCACACACACACACUCACACACUUACACACAUUCACACACACACACACACACUCACACACACACACACACACACACCAGUACACACAGGUUGAGUGUGUAAUGAUGUGAAAGUGUGUGUUUUAAUCUGAACUCCUGUGAAUCUCAUCUUCAGGAAGUUGAACAUCAGUUUCCUGUUUCUGAUCAUCAUGAAGAUGUUUCAGUCACACACACAAACAGACAAAUACACAAGUGUGUGUGUGGAAUCAGCUCAUAUUUACACUGCUCUUUAAAAUUUCUCUGUCUGUAUUUUCAUGAGUUCAAUGAUUGUAAUAUAGUGUAAUAGAGUUCAGAAUAAAAUUUCUUCAUCAUCAUUAUUAAUAUUAUUAUAAUUAUCAUGUGUCUGAAACCAACAUUCAAAGAACUGCUGGAGAAAAGUGUUUAUGCAGCUGUACAUUAAAAACAUUAAUGUGAGGAA